GGUGACCUUGGCUCCACGAGCUAUUCGACCGUUAUCAUGUCCACCCUCUUUGGUAUCAUCUGCCUGGUGGGCGUCGUUGGCAACAGCCUGGUGAUCUGCGCCGUCUUGAAGAAAUCCAGCCCAGGCAGCACCGUGCCCGAUAUCUUCAUCGUCAAUCUUUCCUUGGUGGACCUCCUCUUCCUCCUGGGGAUGCCCUUCCUCAUCCACCAGCUCUUGGGCCAAGGGAGCUGGAAAUUCGGAGGGACCAUGUGUACCAUCAUCACUGCUUUGGAUGCCAACAGCCAGUUCACCAGCACUUACAUCCUCACCGCCAUGUCCAUUGACCGCUACUUGGCGACCGUCUAUCCUUUCUCCUCCACCCGCUUCAGGAAGCCCUCUAUGGCGAUCGCGGCCAUCUGCCUCCUCUGGGCCCUCUCCUUUCUCAGCAUCACGCCCGUCUGGAUGUACGCCCAGCUCAUUCCCUUGCCAGGUGAGCUCCUGGGCUGCGGGAUACGUCUGCCGGAUCCCCAGAGGGACAUCUACUGGUAUACCCUCUACCAGUUCUUCCUCGCGUUCGCCAUCCCCUUCACGGUCAUCACUGUGGCCUACCAGAGAAUCCUCCUGAAGAUGGCCAGGUCUUCUGAAGCCCUGACCAGGCAAAGAGGCACCCAGCUCCGGAUCAAACGAGUGACGCGCAUCGCCAUCGCCAUCUGCCUGGCCUUCUUCUUGUGUUGGGCUCCCUUCCACGCCCUACAGCUCGUCCAACUGGCCGUCGAGCCCACCUUGCCCUUCUACUACGCCUACAAUGUGGCCAUCAGCCUGGGUUAUGCCAGCAGCUGCCUUAACCCUUUCAUCUACAUCUUGCUGGGGCAGAACUUCCGUCGGAGAAUCACGGUGUCCGACCAACCUGCAGAUGUGGAGGGUCUUUUCCAACAUCAGGUCAAAAGCGGCCCUGGAGACCCCAGUGAAUCUGGGCAGCCUUUGCUACACUUAGUCUCUGUCUUGGCCAGAUAAGAGAUGACAAAUGGAUUUAAGGCCCAUUAGAUCCCACAGAUUAGGCCUCCUCCGGGUUCCAUCUACUGGCCAAUGUCAUCUGGCUACUUA